AGGGCAAUACCACCCAACCACCGGAGAAGAAAGAAACACAUUGCUUCAACUACAAAGAGCAUAUGGCGACUGAGCUUGAAGAAUUGAUACAGUUUCUCUCUUCGCCCUCCCCUCAAUUGAGAAAAGGGGCUAUAGACAUUGUUCAAGGUUUAACUGGGUCUGAGGAUGGGCUGCAGUCUCUUGCCAAGCACCCAAACAUCUUGCUGCCAUCAUUAGCUCGACUCUUGAGAGAGCAAAAGGAUGUUGCAGAACCUGCAGCUGAAGCUCUUGUAAAUCUUUCACAAAAUUCUGAUCUGGCUGCAAAGAUGAUAGACUUGGGACUGAUUGGAGAAGCUAUGAAUCUUUUAUAUAAUGUGGACUCCAGCAUUAGCCAGUUGCUAAUAAUGCUUCUGGUUAAUCUAACACAGUUGGAUGCUGGUAUUGCUUCGUUACUUCAGACUGGAGAUGACAAGAUGCAAGGUCUGUAUGUUAUGAAGAUUGUCAGAUCAUUUUGUCGUUCAGCAAGUGAAUCCAGUGAUGAUCCCUUUGAGCAUGUUGCUUCCAUACUUGUAAAUAUAUCAAAGAAGGAAGAUGGAAGGAAGCUUUUACUUGAUCCUAAGCGGGGACUUUUGAAGCAGAUAAUUAGGCAGUAUGAUUCAACUAGUCAACUACGGAAGAAUGGAGUAUUUGGAACUCUCAGAAAUUGUUGCUUUGAAGCUGAAGGUCAACUACAAAAUUUACUCUUGAUAGCUGAGUUCCUUUGGCCAGCUUUACUUCUCCCUGUUGCUGGUAACAAGGUUUAUAAGGAGGAGGAUACAUCAAAAAUGCCACUUGAGCUUGGAACUGCACUUUCAAUUGAGCGCGAACAAAUUGACGAUCCUGAAAUUCGAGUUCAUGCAUUGGAGGCUAUAUACAUGAUCAUAUUGCAGGAUGCUGGGCGGAGAGCAUUCUGGUCUAUCAACGGACCAAGAAUACUGCAAGUGGGGUAUGAAGACGAGGAAAACCCAAAAGUAAUGGAAGCAUAUGAGAGAGUUGGCUCACUACUGGUUCAUAGCGGUGGCGACGAGGAACAACACGAUUGAGGAGCAGACAUUCAGUUUGCAGGUUGUGAAUCUUUGAACUUUGACGGGCAACUUUGUUGGCGAUUCGUUUUCUGGUGAUCAGAUUCAGAACCGAUAUAGAUUAACAUUUGAAGUGCUUAAAACCAUAUUUUUUUCACUUAAAAAUAUGGGUGGCUGGCCCUGGAGCUAUCCGCGAUUGGCAAUGGCAUAACCAGAAGAGGGGCAGGGGAAUCAAGAUUAUAAGUUGGGUAGCGCAGCGCAUCUAUUUCGGGUACAAUAUUUUUUAAAAUAUUUAAAAAGUCAUUUCAAACAAGUCUACGAUUUUAGUGGUAUUAUUGUUGAGUUUGUGUAAUGAGGACACUAAUCUUUGUAAUAUUAAUUUUUGAAGAUAAUCAUGAAUGAAUAAUGUUGUUUAUUUAUA